AUGGCGCCCCGGCAGAAACGCGAAAAGGCGCCUUGCUACGUGCUCGGCGUCGGCAUGACCAAGUUCAUCAAGCCGCGCGGCAAGGUCGACUACACGGAGCUGGGCUUCGAGGCCGGCGUCAAGGCCAUGCUCGACGCCCAGAUCAACUACGACGACGUCGAGCAGGGCGUCGCCUGCUACUGCUACGGCGACAGUACCUGCGGCCAGCGCGUCUUUUACCAGUUCGGCAUGACGGGCAUCCCCAUCUACAACGUCAACAACAACUGCUCCACGGGCUCCACGGGCCUCGCCAUGGCCCGGAGCUUCGUCUCGUCCGGCGCCGCCGACUGCGUCCUCGUCGUCGGCUUCGAGAAGAUGAUGCCCGGCUCGCUGCAGAGCUUCUUCAACGACCGCGAGAACCCGACCGGCACCACCAUCAAGAUGAUGGCCGACACGAGGGGCAUCACCAACGCCCCCGGCGCCGCCCAGAUGUUUGGCAACGCCGGCAGGGAGUACAUGGAGAAGUACGGCGCCAGGGCCGAGGACUUUGCCGAGAUCGCCCGCGUCAACCACGAGCACUCGACAAAGAACCCCUACUCGCAGUUCCAGGACGUCUACACGCGCGACCAGAUCCUCCAGGCCCCCGAGAUCUUCGCGCCCCUCACCAAGCUGCAGUGCUGCCCGACCUCGGACGGCGGCGCCGCUGCCGUGCUCGUCUCCCAGGCCUUCCUCGACGAGCGGCCCCACCUCCGGGACCAGGCCGUCCUCAUCGCCGGCCAGUGCCUCGCCACCGACGCGCCCUCGCUCUUCUCCCGCUCCGCCAUCGACCUCAUGGGCUUCGAGAUGACCCAGACCGCCGUCCGCACCGCCAUGGCCGAGGCCCGCCUCACCCCGCGGGACGUCCAGGUCGUCGAGUUGCACGACUGCUUCUCCGCCAACGAGAUGAUCGUCCUCGACGCCCUCGGCCUCGCCGAGCCGGGCAAGGCUCACGAGCUGGUCCGUCGCGGCGACAUCACCUACGGCGGCAAGUACGUCGUCAACCCCUCGGGCGGCCUCAUCUCCAAGGGCCACCCGCUCGGCGCCACGGGCAUCGCCCAGUGCGCCGAGCUGGUCUGGCACCUGCGCGGCUGGGCCAACAACCGCGCCGUCCCGGCCACCACGGCCGCCCUGCAGCACAACCUGGGCCUCGGCGGCGCCGUCGUCGUCACGGUGUACCGCCGUGCCGACGGCAAGGAGGCGCCCAGGCUCGACUCGGCUACCAUCGGCAAGCUCAAUAAGCUCGGCUAUAACCCGGCCGUCGAGGCCAAGGGGUUCACGGCGCAGCAGGCGGCGGCCGUGAGGAGCCGCACCAAGACGAGCGAAUGGGCGUUGCAGGACACGGAGGAGAAGGUUGAGGCGCGGUUCUGA